AUGGCCACUGAAACUCGCACUUUUCGCACCCAAAAUCCCUAUGAAAUCAAAUUUCGCUACUGUCGUGCCGUCCGUAAAGGACCCUUUAUCUUCGUCUCCGGCACUACGGCCAUCGACGGUGAAACAGGUGCCCUCCUUCAUCCCGAUUCUGCAUUCGACCAAGCAACACAGAUAUUUGGUGAAAUCAGACGGGCUGUCGAAGCGUUGGGUGGGAAGAAAGAGGAUAUUGUGAGAGUUAGAAUGUUCGUCAAAGAUGCCCCGGAUCAGGGGGAUGUUGCGAAAGCGUUGAGAGAUGCUGAGUUUGGCACGGAGGAGGGUCCCGCAGCCACGAUGGUUGCUGGUGCGGUGUUUGUGCAGAACGAUAUGAAGGUUGAGAUUGAAGCGGACGCUGUGGUCUUCUAA